CGCAAAACAGAGACUGCGGUCCUCGCCUUGGACGGCACGGCGUUUCCGCGACGACUUCGAACGGGACCUCGGCUGCUUUCUCUACAUCCACCGGAGCGGAACUGGGAGGGGGACGACAUGCUGCAGCUGGGCGACGAUGUCUCGCUUUACUCGGUCGUGUUCGUGGUGGUUUUGCUGGCCACUCGCAGCCCGGUGUGGUCCGGCGUCUUCACCGGCUGUCUCUACCUCUUCCUGGCCAUGUUCCGCUUCCCGCAGCUGCCGGCCAGUCGAGCCCGACAAGUGCUCGACCCGGCCGGAUCCGGGGAGGUGUCCGUGGUCGCCCACCGGGGAGGCGGACACGACGCACCGGAAAACACGAUAGCGGCCAUCCGGCUGGCCAGCAAGAACGGGGCCUCCGGAGUGGAACUAGACCUGGAGUUCUCUGCAGAUGGAGUCCCAAUCCUGAUGCACGAUGAGAGCGUGGAUCGGACCACAAAUGGAUCAGGCCCCCUCAGUCAAAUAAGAUAUGCUGACUUGGGUAAACUAGAUGCAGCUGCUAAACAUCGACUCAGGGACAAGUUUGCCGGUGAAAAGAUCCCAACACUGGAGCAGGCAGUGGAGGAAUGCAUCAAACUGCAGCUCACCAUAUACUUUGAUGUGAAAGGACAUCCGGACGAGGCAGCUGCAGCGCUUUCAGCUCUGUACAAGAAGCAUCCAGUCCUGUACAACAGCAGCAUUGUCUGCUCCUUUGAGCCCAAGGUCAUCUACAAGAUGAGGCAGACGAACCCACAGGUGGUCAGCGCGCUGACCCACAGGCCCUGGAGCCUGAGCCGUUUUGGCGAUGGCUCCCCACGUUACCCCUCACUGUGGAAACACCAUUGGCUGACAUUAAUGGAUAUCGUGCUGGACUGGGCCCACCAUCACUUGCUGUGGAAGCUCUGUGGCAUUUCUGCCUUCCUGGUGCAAAAGAACUUUGUCUCGCAGGACUAUGUGCAGUACUGGAGCCAGAGGGGGGUGGAGGUGGUUGCCUGGACCGUAAACAAUGGCGUGGAGAAACAACACUACCAGGAACUUCUGAAAGUCAGCUACAUCACAGACAGCCUUGUGGAGGACUGUGACCCUCACUACUGACACUCCAACUUGCACUGACAGAAAAUCAAACUUAAACUCCUCUGGUGCCACUUUUUAGUAUGUACAUGUGUUUAUGUACGGUGUACACUACUCACAAAAAGUUAGAGAUACAGUAUUCGGCUAUUGAGUGCUGUUUCAGGAUGCACCUAAAAUGCACGAAAACCUUUACAGGUGAACUUAAUUUGACCUCCUCUCAACUUUUGAAUGCACAUGUCCAACUGUUGAGUAGCCUCGUUUAAUGUUUGUAAAAAAAUAAUAAUUCUUAAUAUUCAAAUUACAAUCAGGUUAGAAGCCCAAACAGAAUAAUGCUCCAUAUAAACACCUCACUCAGAAUGAACAGGCGGAAACUGAAUGGAAUUUCACUCUGUUUCCCAGGAGUAGAAUUUUGCACAAUUUGCUGUUCUCUAACAAGUAGAUGAAUGGCAAAAUUCACAACAGGUGUUUAAUCCAUGAACCAACCAAUACAUUUCCAAGGACGGCCACUUUGAUGCCUUUCUGUCUCUCUCCUAGUAUGUCUGUUGCAACCUGCUGACGAUGACACUGUCAGAGCCAGCUAGAGGCAAAAGGGAACAAAGUGGCUGGUUGGGGCCCUCUGAGGAGGAAUUUAUUUUUAUUUUUUUAAAGCCCUGUGAGGAUUUUCUAAACACAUAAACGUGGUGCGACCAAAAAUCUAAUUUUGUUUGGGGUACCAUAAAGGCUUUGGGCUGGCACUGAGCUCUGUGACACUCAAAGCAAGGGCAAGGUACUAUUAUUGAUCAAUUGGUAGGUGUUGUCUUGGUCUCACGAUGUUGAAAUGUAAACAGCAUGGAAAGGAGUGUUUGAAUACCAAUUUCAUUUGAACCUGGAAAUGUAUUGUUCAUUUCAUGGAUCAAACACUUGUUACAGAACAGCAAGUUGUGCAAAAAAAUAAUACUGAAACCUUGAAUAGUUGGAUGUGCAGAGGUUUAGAGGUCAACUUGAGUUUACCUGUGAAAGAGAUGUGCAGUUUAGCUUCAUCCUGAAAUUUCACCCGAAAGUGUAAUAUCCCUAACCUUUUGUAAGUAGUAUAGGAUCACGUCAUCCCAACCAACGUGGGUGACAUUGUGUGUCAUGAAGACACAGUAAGAGGCCUGUGAAAGUCUGCCAUGCCACAUACCCUCCUGAUGGCAACAAUACUUGACCAACAGAAGCAAUAAACGUGGCCAAAUGUCCGCGAUGAAACAACUGGUCAGAUCACCCGAAACAUACCAGUUUUAUUAAGCCGGUUACAAUUUUUUGACUCUUGAUAUACACCGAAAAAAAACUUGAGUUUGUGAGAAUACAUUUUCCAUUGUUUACAUGUCAGAUUAAUAUGGAUGUCACCUCAGGACAUUGCUUCCAAUCAAUCAUGCAGCUACACAGUCUUAAUUGUUGAUUAUUCUAUGGACUGUGAUUGUGAAAGAUGAUAAAUGGAUGUACGAUACUGACAGUCAAGCCUUCUGAUGUCACACUGGGACUCUCACUCUUGGCCAGUUGACUCAGGUGAGUGACCCACAUAGUAAGAGAUAAGCAGACAGUGGUGAUAACAGUCAGGAUAAGCCUGUCUGAGCCGCUACUUGAUCACGGCGCUUUCAGCGUCAACCCACAGAUGAGCCAUGUCCAAUAGAGUCCAUCUUAAGGGAAGAUUAAAUGUAUUUGCUAUGUAAAUGCCAUGGUGAAAAACAAAUUACUGCAUGUGUGUAAAUAAAUGGUAAAAUAGUCCCUUGUGUGAUAGCAUUGACUAUAUGAAAAUAUAGUUCAGAUGUAAAUUGUCAAAGACUUUGGAGUUUAUUAGUUAACACGCUGCAGUAUUUAAUUCAAUGUAAUCAAAAGUGCCAUGUCUGUCCAAUGUUUUAACAGGUGAAAGGUAGGUUCCCAAUAAAAAUAAAUAAAACUCAAA